AUGACACCACAUCAUUUCUUGGUCGGCACAUUUUCUACCCCCGUGGUCUUCACCCUCGCCUUCGAUGACGCAGAUGGCUCGCUUCGAGUUGUGGGUCAGAGCAAAGCGACGGGCGCUCAUUCGUGGCUUUCUUUGAGCGUGAGUGAAGGCUACGCGUUUGGUCCAUUGAUGCUGAAACGGAAGCUGACCGGAUGGAACCGCUCAUGGGUCGAACAGGCCGAUCUCACUCGGUUGUAUGCAACGGCAUGGACCACGCCUCCGGGACUCGCAUCCUAUCGGGUCGUUCGCAACGAAACCCACGUACCUGUCCUCGAACACAUCAACAGCGUGGAAACCAAAGCCCGGUCAGGAUACUGUUGCAACUCCAGCAUCGCGGUCUAUUCAGCCGGAGGGCCUACAGGCGAAGUCUUCAAAAUCGAUCCCGAGACCGGAGGCUUCGAUUCGAGCGCGAAGCGACCUUUGCAAGCGCUGAAUUUCGUGGAUGCGAAGGGCCAACAGGAUGAUGGGGGUGUGAUGGAUUUCGGAGGGUUGAGACAUGGGGCUCAUUCGGCGGACUUGAGUUUGGAUGGAAAGAGGCUUUACAUCGCAGACAUGUGAGUAUCGGCGUGCCCAUCCCGGUCGUUCUCGGGGCCGACGUUCUGAUUGUUCCGUACGAGCGACGCUUUGUUCAUACCAGUGGGAGGAAUUGCAUCUUUGUGUACUCGGUACAAAACGAUGGGAAGCUAAUUUUGACGGAUAAGAGCAUCGCACCUCGCCCUACCGACGGGCCGCGGCACGUCACCCCUCAUCCGAAUGGACACUGCGUUUAUUCACUGCAGGAGCAUACGUCCAUGGUCGACGUCUUUGAGGUGAGUGCCACGAAGCGGAGUAUACAUCCGUACACUCAUGCGUUAUUGACGCCCUCUAUUGACACCUCCGUGCAGGUGUCGAGCCAAGGAAAACUUGACUGGAAAGACGGGGUCAAGAUCAUCCCGAAGGGUACGCAGCGCGCGAGCAACCAGCUCAGACGAAAUUCAGCUCUCGACUCGAGCUGACAACCGCAGUGUCCAUCCGAUCCUUACAUAGACCUCUCCCCCACCCUCUUCUGGGCCGACGAAGUCCGACUCUCCCCAUCCAACUCCUCUUCGACCCCUUCCUACCUUUGCGCUUCUACACGUGGUCUCGAGCCCUCAACCUUGGGCUACGUCGCCGUGUUCAAACUGCUCCCUUCGGGCCUCUUCGCGUCCCCCGAACCUUUGGCGAUGUUGCAAACUCCUACCUCGGGUGGUUGGGCCAAUGCGAUUGAACCUGCUCCUUGGGCAUCGACUUUGGAGGGAGCGGAAGGGAAGGAUUAUCUGGCCUUGACGGAUUCGGAGGAGGGUCUGGUGAUGGUUCUGAGUUGGGAUGGGGAGGAGUUGAAAGAGGUGGCUAGGGUUCAAUUGGACGGGAAGGCACCGGCUGCGACGGCUGUCUGGAUCGAUUAA